GAGAGCUGUGCUAUUGCGUCGACUCACAAGUUGGAUGAUGCCAUCCGCCGAGACUAUCUCGUCUUCCCCAAUCUCAGACUAGCACCCCCACUUCAUAAACUCCCCCUCAUCAACUUCAUCCUCAUUCCCCAUCUCAAAACAAACUCAACAAACACUCCAAAAAAUAAGUAACACACACAUCAUGCCUCACGGUCAACUCUACCAAAAUGAAACUCCUAGUACUAUUGCUCCCACUCCAAUCAAGGAGCCGAUCCUCACGCCGCAAGAGCAACUAGAGCUGAGGGUAUCUUCUACUCAUGAAGAUGACCCGAUCAAGCCCCGCAUCGACGGCUCGAUCCUCACCAUCAGCGACUCGGUCUUGAGCUGCAUCGGGGCUACCCCCCUGGUCAGAUUAGACCGCUUGGCCAAGAAAUACAAUCUCAAAUGCAACCUCUUGGCUAAACUCGAGUACUAUAAUGCCGGCGGCUCUGUGAAAGACCGGAUCGCUCUCAGGAUGAUCGUCGAGGCUGAACGAGAGGGCAUCUUGAUCCCCGGGAAAAGCGUCAUAAUCGAGCCCACCAGUGGUAAUACGGGCAUCGGCCUUGCACUAGCAGCAGCAGUCAAGAACUACCGUUGCAUCAUCGUCAUGCCCCAGAAGAUGAGCAGAGAGAAGAUCAAUAUGAUGAAAGCUCUCGGCACCGAGAUCGUCCGAACUCCGACCGAGGCCGCUUUCGAUAGUCCCGAAAGCCAUCUCUCCGUCGCCGCUAGACUCCAAAAAGCUAUCCCUGGCGCAAUCAUCUUGAAUCAAUAUCGCAAUCGAUUCAAUCCACAGACUCAUUUUGAUACCACAGGCCUGGAGAUCAUCCAAGCGAUCCAAAACACGCCAUCGACAUUGAGCCGACCAUCGAGUGGGCAAGUGGACCUAUUUAUAGCGGGAGCGGGGACGGGGGGGACGAUAAGUGGGGUAUCACGCCGGUUGAAGAUGCAGUAUGGAGCCGAUCGGGUGAAGACGAUAGCGGUUGAUCCGGUCGGCUCGAUCCUUGCCAAGCCGGAAAGCCUGAAUUCGGCGGGCAUUCAGAGCUAUCAAACCGAAGGAACUGGCUACGAUUUCGAGCCGGAAGUGCUGGACUAUUCGCUGAUCGAUCAAUGGAUCAAGGUCGAUGAUCAGCACGCCUUUGAGACCUUAAGAGAGCUCAUCAAGCUCGAAGGCACCCUCUGUGGCGGCUCCAGUGGUCAGGCCCUCUAUGCCGCCUUGCAGUAUCUCAAACCCGCCGAUCCGGCCCGCGGCGCCCCCCCUGGCAACGGUUGGGAACUCUUCGGCCAAAACCCUCGCGCUAACGUCGUCGUGCUUUGCGCCGAUUCGAUCCGCAAUUAUAUCACUAAGGACUGGCUUGUCGAAGGCACUGAAGAGUCUGAAACUACUGAGGCCGCUUUACUCUCGAAAGCUCAACAUCAAACUUAAUCCUGCUUCUUUUUUCUUUUCUUUUUCUUAUAUACUUGCCUAACUUAAACUUACAAGUCCCUCCGGGCAGUUGAUUGCGGAGGGUCCCAUCGGGACGACGUCCCCCCCUCCCAAUGCAAAGAGGGACUUUAGUGAAGUUUGUA